UUUGUACCAUCUUGGAGUCCUUUAUUUUCUUAUUUAUUUAUUGGAAUAUCCGUCCGUCCGUCUUGGACUGAGGAAAGGCUUCCCUCUGGCCACUCUGCCAUAAAGCCCUGACUGGUAAAGGGCUGCUGUGAUGGUUUGCUUUCUAGAACGUUCUCCCAUCUCCCGAAACUCAGCCACAGUGAUCUAUCAUUAGGUUCUUCUUUAUUUCGCUCACCUAGGCUCUUCUUCCAUGAUUGCUCAGUUUGGCACAAAGGCGAGCUCCAGGAAGUGUUCUAGUCAAGUCUUCCACUUAAGGAUUAUUGAUGCCACUGUGAUCUUCGAAAUCUUGAAUGCAGAAGAUUUUUUUUUUUGUUACCUUGUCCAGAGCCUUGCCACAAUUCUGUCUCUGAGUUCUUCAAGCAGUUCUUUUUACCUUAUGAUUCUCAUUUGGUCUGACAUGCACAAUGAUCUGUAAGGUCUUAUUUUAGACAGGUAUGAGGCCUAAACAAGUCAGGAUAAUCAAACACAGCUGAACUCCAAUGAAGGUGUAAAACCACCUCAAGGAUUAUCUGAAGAAAUGCACAUCACCAACGUUAAGAGGGUCACGGAAAAGUGUCCGAGUAAUUAUGGAUCUGUGAUAUAUAUAUAUUUUUUUUAAAUCCGCAAAACUUUCAAUUUUUUUCUGUCAGUAUAUGGUGCUGUGUAGUUCUGUGGCUUCUACUGUGAAGAAGCACUGAGGCUUCAGAGAACAAUCAAAGCAGCACAGAAGAUCGUUGGCUACCCUCCCCUCUAUGGCAGGCAGACAUUCCUUUCUGUGCCUUAGCAGAGCGCAAAAGUUCAACACAACUCCACAACUGAUACUUAACUGAUUGAGCUCCUGCCAUCUGGAAGGCGCUACAUAUGCGCAAAAGCAAAGAUCAACAGACUAAGGAACCAUUUUUUUCCCCAAAGCGCCAUCACCACCCUAAACUCUCAUGUUUUCUCUUCUGUUAUUGAUGCAAAGGCACACAGAUUUCAAUAUCAAUACUUUUUGUAUUUUUUUUUUACACUUGUUUUUUUUUUUUGCUUUUAUCUAUGCACUGAAGCAAGAGAGGCUCUGCAAUUUCAUACAAACUGUACAAUUUGUAUGAUGACAAUGGCAUUCAUUCAUUCAAGUAACUUAUUUUGAGAAUGACGUAAAUGUCGCUCGCUAUUUGUAUCAAUUAAUGCUUAUUUUGUGUCUGAGACUUUGAUUUCUAUAUUGACUGCUGCAGUCUUGUUCAGGAAUCUAAAAACAGUCACUUGACCCCACACAGUGGCUUUCAUUGGGCUUCCCCGUUUUACGUUCCUUUUUUUCCUCACGAUAAGGUGCACCCAAUAGCCUUUAAUUUUCUCAAAAGCUGACAGUGUGCCUUAUCAGGUGGACCUUACAUAUGGAUCAAUAUUGACCUUUUAGCGCAGCCCAUCUAAUGGAUGCAUAAUGUAACCCCAACCGCUACUGUAGAAUCUAUUCUAUGCGCCCACUCCUCCACACAGAUCUUCUCUAGAUUGGACAGAUUUCUGCUCUGUCGCUGAGAAACACAGAGUUUCAGUUCCCUCCAAAGAUUUUCCAUGUGGUUUAGGUCUGGAGACUGGCUAGGCCACGGCAGAACCUUAAUAGGCUUCUUACAGAGACAUUCCUUGGUUUCCCAGGCUGUGUGAUUCGGGUCAAUGUCAUAUUGAAAGACCCAGCCACGACCCAUCUUCAAUGCUUUGACUGAGGGAAAGAGGUUGCGCCCCAAAAUCUCACAAUACGUAGCUGCGGUCAUCCUCUCCUUAAUACAGUGCAGUCGUCCUGUCCCAUGUGCAGAAAAACACCCCCAAAGUAUGAUGGUACCACCCCCAUUCUUCACAGUAGGGAUGGUGUUCUUGGGAUGGAACUCAUUAUUCGUCUUCCUCCAAAACUUUUAGUGGAAUUAUGACCAAAAAGUUCAAUUUUGGUCUCAUCUCACCACAAACCCUUCUCCCAUAACUCCUCUGUAUCAUCCAAAUGGCCAUUGGCAAAUUUAAGACAGGCCUUGACAUGUGCUGGUUUAAGCAGGGGAACCUUCCGUGCCAUGCAUGAUUUCAAACCAUGACGUCUUAGUGUACUACCAACAGUCACCUUGGAAACGGUGGUCCCAGGUCUUUCCAGGUCAUUGACCAAGUCCUGUCGUGUAGUCCCGGGCUGAUUCCUCACCUUUCUAAGGAUCAUUGAGACCCCACAAGGUGAUAUCUUGAAUGGGGCUCCACUCCAAUUGAGAUUGACAGUCAUGUUUAGCUUCUUCCAUUUUCUAAUGAUUGCUCCAACAGUGGACCUUUUUUCACCAAGCUGCUUGGCAAUUUCUCCGUAGCCCUUUCCAGCCAUGUGGAGUUGUCCAAUUUUGUCUCUGGUGUCUUUGGAGAGCUCUUUGGUCUUGGCCAUGUUACAAGUUCGAGUCUUACAAAUUGUAUGGGGUAGACAGGUGUCUUUAUGCAGCUAAUGACCUUACACAUGUGCUUCUGAUCUCACAUAAUACAUGGAGUGGAGGUGGACUUUUUAAGGCAGACUAACAGGUCCUUGAGGGUCAGAAUUCUAGCAGUGUUCGCACGCGGUCCUAAGUCCUUAAAAUCCGCAAAAACCGGCCCCUAAAAAGGCCUUUAAAUUUAAAAAAAAUCAAAGGGAGGACCUCUACCGCCAACAUUCUCCCUAAAAAAAUGAAUUAAUCUUUUAUUUAAAAAAAAAAAUAGCGAUCCGUCUGGCGUCCAAAUCAGCCGGAAAUUGUCAACGGAAGUCACCGUGUUGACAACUAGUCGCCAUCUUGUCGAUAUUCCAUUGUUUGUUUCCGUGAGUAGGCAUUUCACUUCGUCAUCGUCACGACAUAGCGUAGUUCUUUCAUCGGUCCAACUUGUAUCACGGGGAAGUGCAUUUUUCAAGAAGCUUGGGUUGAAAGUAAGGAGUUUGGGAGCUGGGUUCGUCGAGAUCCAAAAGAUCGGCACAUGUUUUACUGUCAUCUGUGCAAGCAGAGUUACCAGCUUGAAAAGAUGGGCGUCAAAGCGCUGGAGUUGCACCGGAAAAACAGGAGACACGCUGAUUUGGCAAAGACUCUCUCAUCUUCCGUUGGUAUGAAUCUGUUUCUAAAAUAUAAGAUAGUGAAGCAUCAACUUCAGGCAGUGUUACUAGCAGUGCAUGCGCACUAGGGAUCGCAAAAAAACGCUUAUUUUCCUAACCGGUUUUCACCGAACAGCUGUAGCAAAAAACGGGUACCAUAGUGGUGUUUACAUAAUUCACUCACGUGACCUCGAGUUGGGGUGCGGGGUUCCGCACGGACUGUUUUUGUUGUUGCUCUUCCGGAGUGACGAGUUCACAGAGUUCCCCCCGUUAUGUGAGUAGUGUUUGGAUGUCUGCCAAAAAACAAGUUUACUCCCAUACUUUGGAGCGUUUCCUCGAUGCCAUGUUUGAUGUUUCUUUGAUUUAACUGAAUGUUCUUUUGAGUCCAACUUUACUCUAACAGCGAAACUUGAAAAAAGUGGAAAUAAUGUUGAAAAAAAUAGCGCAAUGUGGAGUAGGAACCGGAAGAAAUGAUUGGAAAUUUUAACCGAUUUCGAAAGUCCGAUUACCGGUUUCGGUUUUAAAAAAACGGAAACCGGUUAUUUGUAACCGGUUGCGAUCCCUAAUGCGCACCUACAGAUGUCCAGCCAGAAGUCAGGCUUUAUGAACGUAGUUCAAUACACGAAGACGGACUCGUUAAAGGCAGAGAUCGCGUGGACUUUAAAAGUGAUCUGCAGCCAUUACAGUUACAAAUCUUGUGAAAAUAAUUUGAAAGUGUUUGCAAUCAUGUUCCCAGACAGUGACAUUGCUAAAAACUACCACUGUGGGGAAAGGAAGACUUCGUACCUGGCUACAUUUGGCAUCGCUGCCCACUUUUCAUCUCUACUGCCUCAAAGCCAAAAAAGCCAGAAUAGAGACUGACAUAUCAACACUUAUUGAGAAGGCUGACACGCAGUGAGAGGAGGCAGAAGAAAAGAGGAAUCUGAGGUUUAUCACCGAGGCCAAUGCACUCAGAGGCAGAUCAAAGAACAAGAGAGCCACUUUGGCACCUCUGCAGCAACAAAUAGAGGAGGCACUGGGUAGGCUUAAGGAGCAAGAGUAGGGGUGCUGAAACAGACAUCAGUAGAAGACAUUUGUGUAUAUUGUUGCAAUUGUAGUUAGAAUUUGUUUUUCUAUAUACUGUUAUGUGAAGACGUUUACAAUGGUCAUAUCAAUGAGAACUACCACAAGGGGCGACAGGUGAUCACUGUCACAGAUACUGAGGUACUGGAACAUUUGAUGAACCAAGAACGGUUGAUGGCACCAUUGGGUGAGUCUUUUUUCCUUACUCUUGAUUUCCCACGAUGGCCCUAAAUUUUUCGUGCCGGCCCUAAAUUUUUUCCGUGUCAGCCCUAAAUUUUUCGUGUCAGCCCCUAAGAAUGCCCCUAAAAAGCCCUUAAAUUUUUAAAUUUUUAAGUUUAAUUUUAAAACAUAGAUUGUGAUUUCUGGAUUUUUCUUUUUAGAUUAUCUCUCUCACAGUGGACAUGCACCUACGAUGAAAAUUUCAGACCCCUCCAUGAUUUCUAAGUGGCAGAACUUGCAAUAUAGCAGGCUGAAAGAAGCUUUGAGUAGAGUACCACCAAAUCAUAUAGGAGAGCCUUUGCUGAAGAAAGCCUUUGGACCCGUGCACAUGGAAAAAAUUGAAGCCAUCAAUCAAGCGCUUGUAAAUGAGUAUGAUGUGAGAAGGAAGAUGUUGUUAAAACGUCUUGACGUGACAGUGCAAUCUUUUGGUUGGUCAGAAAGAGCGAAGACGCAUGCUGGGAAUUUGGCUAAAGUUUAUCAGCCGUUACGUUCCUCCCUUAGUACAAAAAGCAAAAUCUCUGUGGCACAUCUUCUUGCAGCCCGACUGGACUUCUCAAAAAUCCUUCGCACAAGCAGUGGCAGGUUGAGAGAAAAGACUGCUUGUGCCAUUAAUAAGGUUUUAAUGGGUCGAGUGCCAGACAGAGGAGGCCGCCCUUGUGAGAUUGAGCCUCCCCCUCCAGAAAUGCCUUCAUGGCAAAAGCGGCAGGAUGCCCCCCAAAGUAGUGGACACUAUGGCGGAGGUGGACAGGGUGGUAGCAGGGGGGGUUAUGAUCAUUAUUGUCAAGGCAGUCGUGGGGGCUAUGAGAGGGGCGGAGGAGAAAGGGGAGGCAGAGGGGGAGGUGGCAGCAGGGGUGGAAGAGUGCAAGGAGGCUGGGGGGAAGGCGUUGGAGGAGGGAGAGGCAGUUACAAUAAGGGCCAGUAUCAAGAUUCUGGAGUCCAUCAGGGGGGAGGGGGAACUAGAGGUGCUUAUAGAGGAGGUGGGAACAGCCAAGGAGGCCCCCAGGAGUCCAGCCACCAUUCAGGCUAUGUUGACAAUUACCACCAGAAUGGAAACUGGCAUCAAGAGAGAGGCGGCAUUAGAGGAGGCAGGGGAAGAGGAAGCCGAGGAGGACAAGGAGGAGGCUGGGGAGGGAGAGGAGGCCAGAAUUUUAACCAAAGAGGACAAUUUGAACAGUUUUUUCAACAUGGCGGCCAUAGUUAUAACCAAGCUGGAUUUAAUCAAAGCCGCCACUACACUAGUUGAAGAUAGUUUGGAACAUUACAGCUCAGUCUGCAAUUGGUUAAAGAAGUCAUGAAGGCCUUAGGAUUCUCCUGUAUUCAGCAUGUUUGAUCGAACUGUGAACAGUAAAUCUUUGUAUACUUAAGUACAUAAACCUACACGUGAAAAUUUACAUAUGAAGUGUACAGUAUUUUUUGUUCCUUCACAAUGAGGAUUUAUAACUGUAAGGAA